AACUGAUUAAAAAAAGUCAUAUUAUGGUAUGUGAAAAUGUCAUAGCAUAGUAGGCCUAUGUCAGAAAGAGUAAAAACAAAGUGAUAGUGUAGAGUUAGUGUUGAGGUGUCUAUCAGUGAUCUCACUUCAUCAUCCCAGCUGGAGGUUGAGGCCAGGAGUCGGGCACGCGCACCCAGCUGCCUCUCUCUGAUCUCUGCGCGCGUCCACGAGCAUGUGAACACCUGACCGACCACUGCAGGAGACCAGAGAAGCUGAUUCAUCUCAUAGUAAACACAAACUCCUCUACAGACCUCACUGCUGUGUUUAACUGUGAGCGGGAUGACGGAUGAGGAGGAGAUGUUUGCAUCAGAGGACCAGACGGUGGCCGGCGGCCCUCUGCGGGACUUCAGGAGUCUGACUCGGCUGUACUGCAUGAAUGGCGGACAUCACCUCCAGAUCCUCCCGGAUGGGACGGUGCAGGGCCGGAGGGAGGACGGAGACGUGCACACUGUUUUAAAGCUCAAAGCCGUGGACAGAGGCGUAGUGGUCAUCCAAGGAACAGAAGCCGGCCGAUAUUUGGCCAUGAGCGACGAGGGCCGAUUGUACAGUUCACCCACAGUGACUGAUGAAUGUUACUUCCUGGAGAAGCUGGAAGAGAACCACUACAACACAUACGUAGCUCAGAAAUAUCAGGAGAGGAACUGGUACGUAGCUCUGAAGAAGAACGGAAAACCUAAACCGGGUCCAAGAACUCACAUCGGACAGAAGGCCAUCUUCUUUCUGCCCCGACAGCUGAGUGACUCCGGGGAGUGAAGACACUCAACCUCAACCUAAAUGGAAGCAAAGCUGCACUGGGAUGGAUUGUUUUAUUUUCUAAUACAUCUAUUUCACCAUUUUAUUUCAUGAACUGGGCCAGAACAAGACAUGAAAAAGAAGAAGUGGUGUGAAAGUGGUUGUGGUCGGAACGUGCUUGCAAAAACAAAUGGGUCAAGACUGAAAGGAGGCGAAGCUGCAAAGUCUUUUUAAAUCUAAUGCAGAGGUUUUCAAAGUGGAAGGCUCAGUGAAUGGAAGUGAAACAAUAUUACAUAAGUUAUUACAUCAGUUAUCAAAAGAAGAUCACACAGAAUAGCCUAAAUGUGUGUGAAUAUAUGUUAAAGAGAUAGUAGUGU